CCAGGCUCUGGGGAGGUGCUGGACAGAGCUGGGUAAUAGGCCCAGCCCCCUCCAACUCUGGACUCUGCCCGGAAGUUUCUGCUGAAACGGGAAGACUCUCUGAGCUGCAAGCAGGUUGUACCCAGCUUGUCUCCACAGAAACGUGUGCUGCUUUCCGUCACUCCCUGAGAGCCACCUGUUCACCACCAGUGUCUGGAAGAUCUGGCACAUGGAGGAUGACACACCAGGACCAAGAGAAUCCAUCUCUCUCACACGGGUGGCCAAGGGCCUGGAGAACAUGGGCGCUGAGUUCCUCGAGAGCCUGGAGGAAGGCCGCCCUGGCAGCGAGCUGAGCCCAGCAGAGGGCAGGGGCAGCGGGAGCGAGGCGGCGCCAGAGCCCUUCUCCGGACGGAGCAGCCUGCAGCCAGCGCUGAGAGCGAGAAGCCUCUGCAGGGAGCAUGCACAGCUAUUUCGAUGGAUCCGCACAGGCCUGCUCUGUACUGCAUAUGCCGCCUUCCUGCUAAUUGCCUGCCUCCUGGACUUCUGGAGGGCUCUGGCCCUGUUUGUCCUCACCUGUGUGGGCCUCGUCUUCCUGGCUCACAGCCUGCUGAAGAGGCUGCUGGGCCCAAAACUGGGGAAGCAUAUCCAGCCUUGGGGCCAUUCCCACUGGGACCACUGGUUUAAGAGGAGUCUCAUCCUUGCUGCUUGCCUGGGCCUGGGCCUGUGGCUGUCUCUGGACACUUCCCAGCGGCCUGAACAGCUGGUGUCCUUUGUGGGGAUCUGCAUGUUCCUCCUCCUCCUCUUUGCCUGCUCCAAGCAUCGCAGCGCAGUGUCCUGGCGGGCUGUGUUCUGGGGCCUUGGGAUGCAGUUUGCACUUGGACUCUUCGUCAUCAGAACAGAACCAGGGUUCGUCGCGUUCCAGUGGCUGGGCAACCAGAUCCAGGUCUUCCUGAGCUACACCAAGGCCGGCUCCAGCUUCGUGUUUGGAGAAGCUCUAGUCAGGGAUGUCUUUGCCUUUCAGGUUCUUCCCAUCAUCGUUUUCUUUAGCUGUGUCAUGUCAGUUCUCUACUAUGCGGGCCUCAUGCAGUGGGUGAUCCUGAAGAUCGCCUGGCUGAUGCAAAUCACCCUGGGUACCACAGCCACUGAGACCCUGAGCGUGGCUGGAAACAUCUUCGUGAGCCAGACCGAGGCGCCUCUGCUGAUCCGGCCCUACCUGGUAGACAUGACACUCUCUGAGGUCCACGUCGUCAUGACUGGAGGCUACGCCACCAUCGCCGGCAGCCUGCUGGGUGCCUACAUCUCCUUCGGGAUCGAUGCUGCCUCGUUGAUCGCUGCCUCCGUGAUGGCCGCCCCUUGUGCGUUGGCCCUCUCCAAGCUCGCGUACCCGGAAGUGGAGGAGUCCAAGUUUAAGAGUGAAGAAGGAGUGAAACUGACCUACGGAGAUGCCCAGAACCUGGUAGAAGCAGCCAGCAGUGGGGCCUCCAUCUCUGUGAGGGUUGUAGCCAACAUUGCUGCCAACCUCAUUGCCUUCCUGGCUCUGCUGGCCUUCAUCAACGCUGCCCUCUCCUGGCUGGGCGACCUGGUGGACAUCCAAGGGCUCAGCUUCCAGCUCAUCUGCUCCUACGUCCUGAGGCCCGUGGCCUUCUUGAUUGGUGUGGCCUGGGAGGACUGCCCAGUGGUGGCCGAGCUGCUGGGGAUCAAGUUAUUUCUGAAUGAGUUUGUGGCCUAUCAGGAACUCUCCAAGUAUAAGCAGCGCCGCCUGGCGGGGGCUGAGGAGUGGGUCGGCGCCAGGAAGCAGUGGAUCUCGGUCAGAGCCGAAAUCCUCACGACCUUUGCUCUCUGUGGGUUUGCCAACCUCAGCUCCAUUGGGAUCAUGCUGGGAGGCCUGACCUCCAUGGUUCCUGAGCGCAAGGGCGACUUCUCCCAGGUCGUGCUCCGGGCACUCUUCACGGGAGCCUGUGUGUCCCUGGUGAAUGCCUGUGUGGCAGGGAUCCUCUAUGUGCCCAGGGAAGCCGUGGCCGACUGCACGUCCCUCCUGAACACGAGCCUCAGUAGCAGUAGCUUUGAGGUGUACCAGUGCUGCCGUGAGGCCUUCCAGAGCACCAGCCUGGAAUUCAGCCCAGAAGCCCUGGACAGCUGCUGUCGAUUUUACAACCACACGAUCUGUGCAUAGUUGAUUUUGGGGUGGUGCUUCUUCCCCAGGAAGCAUCUGUCCACACCUUCCCUUGCCAGGCCCCCUUCUCCUAGAGUCCCUAGUAAACUCACCUCAAUCCUGCCACUGGGAAGGCGUGGAGGGGCAAGUAUGGCUGGGCAUUAGUAAAUGGAGGAUGCCGCCCACCUUAAGCCCCUGCUCCUCACCCCCGUUUCCUGCCUCUACAAAUACGAGCUCUCAGAGCCACUUCUGUCUCCACCUCUCUCUCUGGUGCAUCCACACAGUGCUCUGGUCCCCUCUUCCCCGCCCCUCUGGGUCUCUCACGUGCACUCUUUCAUCUGUCACGGGCCCCACAUCCAAAACCUCCUCCCUUCUUUUCUUCCUGGGUGUUAGCAUCUCUCCGUGGCUUCCCUGCCCAGUGCCCCCUAGAAACCUUUUCUCUGCUUUCAGAGACUCUUCCACUGCCUUCCCCUUGGAGCUUCCCAAACUGGUGUCCCGUGGAGCACUAUCCCAUGAGGUGUUCAGGGGGUUCCAUGAUCCAUUAGCUUUGGAAAACUCUGGGCAGAAUAAAAUUAGACAGGGUUGGGGAGUGGCAGGUGGCAUGGUGGUUGAGAGUGCUAAACUCCCACAAGCCGACUGCGGUU